AGUGAUUGUGUGCAAAAACUUCGCCUCAAAACCUUCCCGUCGGACGUCUCUGUGGUUGGCUUUGGAGGAGCAGGCAAAAGGAUUUCGGAAGCUGUCGUCGCCCACGUGAGUUCGAAAUGUUCCUACUUUGACUCCAUCUCCGAGUUUCUCGUUACGCCAAACAUUACAACAAAACUUCCAUUGCGCCCCUUCAAAUACACGCAUUGGGAAAUUCCGGAGUGGAUUGAUUUCGCUGACCCCAACUUCAAUCAGCCUGCUCGCGUGGAGAUUCUCUUCGGCAUUUUGGACUGGGACAAGAUGAUGCUGAGCCGAAGCUAUAAGUUGUCGGACGGACUGCCCACCCUGCGGCAAACGGUUUUCGGAUGGGUUGCUGGAGGUCCAGUAACCGAGAGAAGUUCCUACCCUGUCGUACAAGCACUCCCGAUAACCAACGAACAGCUGGGUGACCAACUUUCGAAGUUUUGGGAACUCGAAUCCUACGGACAAGAGCGAAUCUACUGUAGCGACGAACAAAGGGCGGAAGAACAUUUUGCCUCGACCCACACCCGUGACGAAACUGGUCGUUACGUCCUCGCCUUGCCGUUCAAGGACAUCGAUUCGAAACUUGGCGAUUCGAAGCACAUGGCCCAUCGGAGACUGCUUCUUCUCGAAAAAAAAGGCUGGAAAAGGAUGAACACUUGUACGCCGAAUACCGCAAGUUUAUGCAGGAGUACCUCGACCUGGGACAUAUGGAGAAAGCCGGAACGUUCAGUCUCGUCGAGCAACCCAACGAAGAAUGCUAUUUCAUCCCACACCAUGCGAUCCAGAGGCCGGAUAGCAGUACAACGAAAGUCCGUGUAGUUUUUGAUGCGUCCGCCAAGAGCAGCAACGGAAUAUCUCUGAACGAUCUUUUGCUUGUGGGACCAACGCUACAACCUCAUCUCGUCAACAUUUUGCUCGCCUUUCGGGUUCACAAGGUUGUCGCCACUACAGAUGUUUCAAAAAUGUUUCGGCAAAUUAGUAUCCGAGAGGAAGAUCGUCGUUUUCUGCUCAUUUUGUGGAGAUCCAGUUGCGAGGAAGAAAUCAGCAUCUACCGACUCACCACGGUGACGUACGGUACAGCCUGCGCUCCUUUCCAAGCCACCCGCACACUAAUGCAAGUUUGUGAGGACGAAGCCGAAAACUUUCCGUUAGCAGCACAGUUCGGGAAGAAAUCCGUUUACGUGGACGAUGCACUGUUCGGCGCAGAAACCGUUGAAGAGCUCCUGGAAAAGCGGAAGCAGUUCGAAGCAAUGCUCGCCAAAGCUGGCUUUGAAUUGCACAAGUGGUGUUCGAAUCGAGAAGAAGUCCUGGCAGAUCUACCCACCGAGAAAUUGGAACAGAAGGUUUUGUUCAGCGAAGAAGGCCGGACGAAGACACUUGGGUUAACCUGGCAACCCGCUCAAGACAUCUUUAGUUUCGAAAUUCCAUCGGCAGCGUUCAGCGAAGGAGUCCCCACAAAACGGAAGGUGUUGUCGGACAUAUCCAAGUUGUUCGACCCUCUCGGCUUCGCAGGACCGGUAGUGAUGACGGGGAAGUUGCUGAUGCAAGAACUGUGGAGACAGAAGCAAACGUGGGACGGAGCAUUGAACGCUAAGCAAGAAAAACUGUGGUACGAGUUUCGACGUCAACUACAACAAAUGGAGUCCAUCAAAAUCAGUCGUUGUGUGCUCCCUCUGUCGAAUACCAUAAGUGUCGAUCUCCUGGGCUUCAGCGAUGCAUCUGAAAAGGGCUACGAGGCUUGCUUGUAUCUGAAAUCACGUAAUAUCCAAGGUCAAAUUGCAAUUCGGUUGUUGUGUUCCAAAUCGCAUGUAGCCCCUCUCAAGGCUAACCGUGCCACGAUUCCGCGCUUAGAACUUUGUGGUGCUGUACUGCUCGCUCAAUUAGUCGACCAAGUUACACGAUCCCUACCCAUUGACAUCGAUCAAAUCAAACUUUGGAGCGAUUCAACAAUUGCUCUAAGCUGGAUCAACACCUGUCCCAGCAAACUGGAUGUUUUUGUUGCCAAUCGAGUCGCGAAAAUUUUGCGGUUCACCAGAGCAAGCAAUUGGUGUCACGUCGGCGGGCACGAAAACCCUGCCGAUUUGGUAUCGCGCGGGCUCAUGCCAAGCGAACUGGAAUCCGCGACGCUGUGGUGGCGAGGUCCGUCGUUCCUGAAAGAUCCCGAAACCACUUGGUCUACGAAUGUGAAUUUGAUCGCCGAAGAAGACCUUCCCGAGCUGACCACAAUCACUGCAAAUCCUGUGGUGACGGAGAGGUUCCCGUUAUUCGACAACUGCAGCAGCUACAACACCAUGAUUCGAGUAGUGGCUCGGAUCAAGCGCCUGUUCCAGAAUCGCAAGAGAGGUCCAGAUCAUCAGCUUCGAGGAGUGUUCACCAUGCAGGAACUUCGGCUUGCCAAGCUGAUUCUUGUGCGUCUCGUCCAGAAAGGAGCCUAUCCGGAAGUAUUCGACCAGUUGCAGAACCAGGUAACGACAAAGAACAAUUCGCUCAUACCGCUCUCCCCCUUCGUAGACAACCACGGCAUCCUCAGGGUCGGAGGGCGCCUGUCGAAAUCAUCCUGCUCGUACGACCAAAAACACCAGAUGAUCCUCCCGCCAAGUCACCCCUUCACCGAUGCGGUCAUCCGUUCAGUGCAUACGUCCAACAUGCACGUGGGCGUCCAAACAACACUUACCGCCAUUCGAAGGGAGUACUGGAUCGUCCGUGGUAAAAGCGCCGUCAAACGAGUCAUUCGAGCCUAUGUCCGAUGCUUCAAAUACAACGCUCGUCCGAUUCGGCAAUACAUGGGAGACUUGCCAGCUUGUCGCCUCGAAGGAGAGUACCCAUUCUACCGGGUUGGCAUCGAUUUGUGUGGACCAAUUGCCAUCAAACAACGCAACAAACGAUCGACCGUCGAGCAUAAGGGUUGGAUCGCACUUUUCGUUUGCCUUGAGACCAAAGCGAUCCACCUCGAAAUCGUCAGCGAGCUGUCAACCGCAGCAUUCUUGGCAGCAUUUGACCGGUUUGUGAGUCGACGAGGCAAGCCAGCGAGCGUAUAGACCGAUAACGGGACGAACUUUGUCGGUGCAGCGAAUCUACUGAAGGAAUGGAAGGAGUUCUUCGAGACGAACGAAACCCAAGAAAGCAUCCGACGAGCAAGCGACGCUGAAAUCGAGUGGUGCUUCAACCCGCCGGAUGCACCCCACUUCGGCGGAAUCUGGGAAGCGAACAUUCGACAGACCAAGUCCCUGCUAGUCAAGUACACUGCUGGAGCAACCCUGUGUUUCGAGGAAUUGUCGACUGUGCUUGCACGUAUCGAAGCUGUACUCAACUCCAGACCAAUGACAUCGCUAUCCGACGACCCAGAGGAUUUCGAGCCCCUGACUCCGGGUCAUUUUUUGAUCUUUCAACCCUUGACCGCCAUUCCCCGACCGGAGGUCAGUGUCGGACCCCGACAUGCAAGAUCACGCUUUGAGCACAUCAACCACAUCGUCAAGCACUUAUGGGACCGCUGGAGUUCCGAAUAUUUGUCGUCGUUGCCGCAGAGGUUCAAGUGGCACAAAAAGGUCGAAGUCAAGGAAGGUCAGUUGGUGCUCAUCAAAAAGGACAACCUGCCGGUUCAAAAGUGGAUGCUUGGUCGGAUUGUCGAAUUGUUCCCAGGUACCGAUGGCGUAACAAGAGUGGUCAACGUGAAAACGAAAAACGGAUUACUACGUCGAUCUGUUUCCAAGUUAUGCUUCCUCCCUGUCGACCCCGAGCAAACAGUUGGAAGAGACGUCUUCCAACGGGGGGAGGAUGUUUAGAGCAAAUUGAGUCAACAGUUUACGAACCACCCUAGCAGCAGUCACGAGCGCAAAUAUGUAUCGACUUCGAUCGCAGUACCGAGCGAGAAAUGAUCAUCAUCAUCGUCGCCGUCGUCGUCGUCGCCGUGCACCGCACACUCUGUCGGCAGUCAUCGAGCAUCAUCGUCUUCGAGCUAGCUAUCGUUUGUGUGUAUACGAAACCGGUAAAUAAGCAAAUACAUAUGUAAAAUCUCUCUCGCUUUAUGUAUAUAGUUCCAUGUAUAAAUUUGUGGCCACAAAAAGAAAUACAUGAUCAGUUUAGUGUAGUUCGUCGAGCAAUUAACUGCGUUUUAUUGUCCGUUGUCACCGAAAGAAGUCUUUCGUCGGUCGUGAAGUGAAAUUGCCUCUGCAGAGCGAUAAACUGCCUAAUUGGCUUAUUCGUAGAAAUUGUGUUUCGAGCCUUGCACAUUGUGACGAAUUGGGAAACAUUAUUCCGAAUUGUGAAUUUGUGUCGAUCCUUUGAACAUUAUGACGAAUUUGAACUUUGUGACGAACUCUGGACUGAGUGACGAACUGUAAAAGAAACUCUAGCGAACACGAUCGAGUGUCCUAGAGAUUUCUAGAAGAAUCAGUGUCGAGAACAAAGAAGAUCGAAAAUCGAAACAAGUGACGAAAAGUAUCUGGAUUGAGUGAAGUGAAAGUGUCCGUUUGGCCAGCAAAACCGGUGCAACCAGGCCCCACCAAAUUCGAGGAGCCGGACGGUGUCGACGUCUCGUACAACCAUCAUGCGAAAAUUUGAAAUGCCCCGUAACGUGGGUAGAUCACCUUAGAAUGGUGCGUUGCGGUGUAAAAUCUACCAAAUCAAAUUUUGAUCUUGAUAUUUAUCGUAUUUUUAAAUAUUCCAAGAUCAACGUUUGAUGCUCUUUUUCUUGUGUUUUGUAGUAUUUGUGUUUCAAUGUUCCGUAAUCCGGGGUAUCAUUGAUCAGCGGGGUAACAUUGAUCGGCUUGACUCACCUAAUGAAAUGUUCAAACAAGCAUUUUACAUUGAAUCAGUUUCUGCUAUGGAAUGGUAUAUCGUAAUCUGCUAUCAUUAAGCUAUUAAAUGACAUGCAAUUUUUGAAAAUUGAAUUUCAUAAACAUUGAAUUAAAACGAUUUUUCCAUAACUGUGUUUCGUAACGCAAUGAGAUACAUUGUUAAACAUCCAUGCUUGGCGUGAAUACUAGAUACAAUAUGAGGUUCGAAACCACUGUAUUACUUCAAUGAUAUCCUAGAGUUGGAUUUUAUAAACGAAACUUUUAUGAAAAUGCUAUUUUUUUAUUAAAAUAUACGAUUUAUUAAAAGUCGGUGUUGGAUCUCGUUCCUCUGCUUCGGCGUCACCGUAGGCUCUUUUACCACAGAGCGCAGUGUGCAGAAGCCGACCAUUCAACAGCCAACUCAUUGUUACCGCGGCAGCCUGAUAUUGCGUCGGGCUCCAUGCAGGCAGUAGAGCAGCGCACAGCUACUAUUCAUUCUCUAUUACUUUUGUACCUCUGUUUUGUGACCCCUGCGUCCAUCAUCGGACCCGUGAAGCAAGGCCGAAGCGUCGACUUGCCAAACAUAGCGUCCACCCGUCGGACCCCUGCGUCCAUCUCCUGGCCGCAGCGCCACUUUUCGGACCGAAGCGUCAACCCAUCGGGCCGCAGCGCCAUUUCGUCGGACCCCAGCGUUGAAGCACAGUAGACGCUGGAAAGAAGGAAUUCUGACCUGCCACUCCGCGCAGUCAGGUCAAGCUACCGAACAGCAGGAAUCUCCCGUCCAUCAUCAUCACCGUUUCGUAAGUGUCUGCUAGUACCCUGGAUUUCCGAUCCAGCACUGGGCGUAUUCGGAUCAAGUUGAGCCACAACAGGAAACUCCGGUCGGCGUCACUAGAUCACAGGACAAACAUCUUUCAUCAGUCAAGCGAAUUCAUCAUUUUGGGGAUCCAAGCAUCAGUCAACUGAACCGAAUUAAAAACAAGCCACCCAUCCACACGACGACGACGACGAUCAACCUCUGCACGCACAUCCAUCCAACCGAGUGAUCGUGUGUGCUUUCCUACCUACUUGCGAGCGCACCAUCGCGACGAGAUCAGCCCGAUCGUACCACAGUGAGCCAGUGCAUCGACCACCGGCCGAAGCAGAGCAAAUAUAAAAACAUUCGUUUUGGCCGGGAGUGUGUUGGAUCUCGUUCCUUUGCUUCGGCGUCACCGUAGGCUCUUUUACCACAGAACGCAGUGUGCAGAAGCCGACCAUUCAACAGCCAACUCAUUGUUACCGCGGCAGCCUGAUAUUGCGUCGGGCUCCAUGCAGGCAGCAGAGCAGCGCACAGCUGCUAUUCAUUCUCUAUUACUUUUGUACCUCUGUUUUGUGUUGUUGUUUCAUAUUCCGUACUAGCAGUCGCCUAUAAAAGGCGACUGCACAACCCUGUAUGUAUAGUGUGUUCUCGUCAUAUCACCGCCGUGUGGAGCACUGCCACGGUGGUGCGAAUAAAUAGUCAAAUCCAGUAGUCGCGUAUCACUUCUUCUCCACCGCCCGGGGCAAUUAAAAGUACACAACGUGGGGCAAGACAUCCUGGCCGAAACAUUCUCUGUACUAUCGCUGUCGCCUAUAAAAGCGGCAGCGUGAUCUACAUGUAGUUAGUUACAAUGUUUCGUCCAGCGGUAAUUUAGGCUCCUACGUUGUGUCUUAUUCCCCCGGGGAUAGAAUGAGGACGAACUACUUCUCUGCUACUUCAGUUUUAUUGCGCACCACAGAGAGGCAGUGCUCCUGCUCUGUGGUGGUAUAUUGCUUACAACUAAAGAUACAUGAAAUGAGCUGCCGCUUUUAUAGGCGGCAGCGAUAGUACGGACAAUUGAAUACAACCAUGUGCACAAAGGUGCAAUGCGCUAAAUGCAGGCAACACGCAGCCCAGAACGGCAAUGAUAAUGCCGUUGGGCUGCUUGCUACUAGCAGCAGAAGAAAACGGAGACAAAACGACACAAAUUGAAUGCACACCGCUGCGCCGAUGAUGCUGCUUAGGGUGCCAGGGUGACGCCGUUGAUGUGAGGCGCCAACAUACUCCCGCCCGAAAACGCACGUUUUCAAAUUAUCUUUAACGCCGGGUAGGCUGACGACGACGUUUCAUCUGGCGCUGUAGGUACGAUCCGGACGGGCUGAUUCGGCUGGUUGCGAUCGGGUUGCGAUCAGACUGCGAUGGUGCGCUCGCUGCUCUGGCUCGCUGUCCGAUGUAGGUCCGGCUGUGAUCGAAGAUGAUUCGCUCUUCGAUGACGAUGUGCGCAGUCGGCCAGGUAGUUUUUUGCUUCUCGUAUCGUUCGCCUAUUUCGGUUGGAUCAGCUGGAACGUUUGCACUCGAACGGGAUGAUGGGAUGGAAUUGAUUCGCUUCGCACUGGUGUUUGGUUUGUGACGACGACGGUUGGGUUGAUUUCUGUCCCGCUAGUGGUGUUAACUGAUGGCUUGGUUUGACGCUUGGGUCCAUUGAUGACGCUGCGGUCCGUGGAUGGCGCUUCGGCCGGGUGGUGGACGCUGGCGGUCCUACGGGCGGAUGCUGUGAUACUUCUGGUGGACGCUGGGGGUCCGAAGGUGAACGAUUCGGCAGGGCGAUGAUGCGCUCGGUACCUGCAGGAGGACUCUCGAAGUCCAACGUGGAUGAUUCGACAGGCGGCGAUGGUACGCUCGCGGCCUGCAGUGGACGCUGGGGUCCCAAAGGGUGGACGCUCGGGGUCCGACGGGUGACAAUUCGGCAGGGCGAUGGUGCGCUCGCGGCCUGCAGUUGGACGCUGGGUCCCAUGGAUGGACGCUCGUGGUCCGACGGUGGAAUCGGCAGGGCGAUGAUACGCUCGAAGCCUACAGUGGACGCAGAGGUCCGACGAUCGAUAACUUGGCAGGGCGAUGAUACGCUCGCGGCCUGCAGGUGGACACUCGGGGUCCGACGGGUGGACGGCAAUGGUCCGGCAAGGGGACGCUACGGUCCAGCGGGUGGACGCUACGGUCCAAACGAGUGGAUGCUAGGAUCCAGUGGGCGACAGUUCGGCCCUUGGUGAGUUGUGGCGUAGGUAGUCCGUCCGAUGUUCCUCCGGGGUGUUUUUCAUCCUGGUCACGGCACCAAUGUUUCGUCCAGCGGUAAUUUAGGCUCCUACGUUGUGUCUUAUUCCCCCGGGGAUAGAAUGAGGACGAACUACUUCUCUGCUACUUCAGUUUUAUUGCGCACCACAGAGAGGCAGUGCUCCUGCUCUGUGGUGGUAUAUUGCUUACAACUAAAGAUACAUGAAAUGAGCAGCCGCUUUUAUAGGCGGCAGCGAUAGUACGGACAAUUGAAUACAACCAUGUGCACAAAGGUGCAAUGCGCUAAAUGCUAGCAACACGCAGCCCAGAAUGGCAAUGAUAAUGCCGUUGGGCUGAUUGCUACUAGCAGCAGCAGAAAGCGGAGACAAAACGACACAAAUUGAAUGCACACCGCUGCGCCGAUGAUGCUGCUUAGGGUGCCAGGGUGACGCCGUUGAUGUGAUGCGCCAACAAUCGGCUAUCAAUUCCUUAAGCCAUUGCCUACCUUUAGGCGUUAUUCGUGGUUUAGAGAAUUUUAAUCCUAAAAUAACUUGAAAAGUACAUAAUUUGUAAGAAUUGUGACUACAUAUUCGAAAUCAGCGACCCCGAAUUUAGUAGUAAGGGCAUUUUCAACACAAAUGAACAUUGAUCACUGACAUGAUCAAUCUUAUCCCAAACAACAUAUUAAAAAAUUAGAUUCAAAAACCUAUUUAAACAUGUUUUAAAGUUUUACAAUACUUUUUCAAGUAGCUUAACACAUACUCAGAGGGCCAGUACUUGUUUUAAAAAUAUAAAACAUGUAACGUUUGCUUUAACAAGAGAAUUAUUCAAGAAAAAUAGAAAAUUCUGAUCAAUGUUACCCCGGAUUACGGUACUGCUAAUUAACAUUAUAUUUAUUUAUUUAUUUAUUUAUUUACUCAUAAUAAUUCUUGUGACGUAAGUCUUCGUCUUUUUUUGUUGCCACAAAAUGAUUUCAAAUGGAAUAUUACAUAAUUCAUUUCUUAAUGGUACACUACUUUAACUUGUUCCUGAAGGUUCCGUUUAUACACUAUCUAAUUCAUGUUGCAGAAUGUGGAGAGAAGAUCCCGCUUGAAUCCAGUAAGAGAAGUACACAAUUUAAUACUGAUGGGUAACGCAUUCCAAUGUACAAUGCUUCUCACAAAAUACGAUUGGCCAUAAUACACAGAGUUAUGAUGAGGAAUACUAUAAUUCAUAGUGCGCGGUAAUCGCAUUCGAGUUAUUUUAGAGAAUAAAUAGCUUGGAGUCUCAGAACUUAUUAUCCUAUUAAAGUUUAGACAUAAUCUAUAUUCAAAGAAUCUCCAAAAUGAACAACCAAGUAAUGUUUUAUGCAAAUGUGUAACUCUUGAAAAUCUUGAGAGGUUAUAAACAUAACGUACACAUCUAUUCAGAGCUAAUCUCAAUCUGUUCAUUAUAGCCAAGGACGCAUUACUGUAAAU